AUGGAUCGUAAAACCAGAAAGAAUGUGGAAGGUGAUAGACUAAGCAACUUGCCCGAUGAACUUAUUCAUAAAGUCUUCUUUUCCAUUGACAUCAAAGAUGCUAUAAGCACCAGUGCUUUGUCAUCUAGAUGGAGGUUUGUUUGGACUACAUUGCCCUAUCUCAAUUUUUCAAGUGAAGAUUUUUCUGGGCCAUCCACAUUCAACAAAUUUGUGAGUCGUGUUUUGCGUCACCACAAUUAUAAGAUAGACGUGUAUUCACUUAAGCUCAAGCUGACACAUGAUAUCGUUCGCGAAGGGCUCUUCAAAAAGCUUCUUUUGUAUGCAAUUUCUCAUAAUGUACAACAGCUGACAGUUUCAUGUUUGUUUGAGAAGAGCAUUACUUUCCCUCUUCAUCUCUUCUGCUCCAAGUCUCUCAAACAUCUUAGGUUGACUGGCGGUGUGUCUUCCAGUUUCUGUUCUGUUAACUAUUCUACACUUGGUAAAGAUUGGAAGCUCUCCGCUUUAACAACAUUGCAUCUAGAUUACAUCAAAUUUAAUGGUGACGAUACGCUGCUGCUCUCCAAGUGUCCAAACUUGAAAGUUCUCACCUUAAAUCACUUCAGAACGAAAAAGAGAGAUCCAUUUUGUAUUUGUCAUCCUCAAAUUUCUAGUCUCACGCUUGAAAAUGGAGACUCGACCUUAGAAUGGAAAUGUAUUGAUGUGGUUGCACCUCAACUAGAAAAUCUUCACAUUAUAAAUUGCUAUGGGCGAUACAAGGUUUCGGCUCCUCAUCUUGCCUCCUUGCUCUUCAAAGGUUAUAAACCUUUGCAGUUCUCUGAAGAUGAUAUGUGUUCUUUGGAAAAGGUGCAUUUAUGUACUUACCAUCCAAAAUGUUAUGGUGUUGGUGCUAAUGAAAUUGUUGCUCUACUCCAACGACUCCGCAAUGGUGGAGCAAAUGUGGAAGAAGGCGAGAAAGUUAGCAUAUCUACUGAAGUCAGAAACUAUUUGCUUGAUAGUUCUCCAAGUGCCACCCUCAGAAUAGUAUCACAUGAGACGCUUAGGGCUUAUAGGAAUGCCAAGUCAGCUCGAACCCUUAUGUCAAGAUUAUGGACCAUGCUAGAGGAUGAGAAAAACAGCAAGAACAGUAUGCCUUAUAUGGAUCAAAGGAACGCAAUAGUGAAUAGAGACAAGGCAAAGAUGCAUGAGCAAGAAAUUGCACAAGUUGAGAAUCAGAGGGCACAGCCGUUUGAGAAAAUGGAAACACACAUCUCCGAAAUGAUGGGACAGAUCAAAAGCUCUUGCGAAGAUCUUGGUUUGAAGGUUGAUCAAGGAAGAGCAAAGACUGUCAAAAUCAUUUCUACGUUGCAAGAAAUUAAAAUGUUAUUGACAAAGCUUCCUGCAUCAAAGAAGGACAAGUUACAAGCAGAGUUUUCUAAUCUGUGCGUAGAGACCGACACUGUUGUGAAGAGAAUAAUUGAUCGUGUGAAAAUCCAAUAUGAUGAGAAGCACAGCCAUGUGAUUGACUGUUUUCACAAGUUGACUUCACAACCGGAUCGACUAAUCCAAGAGCAUUAG